AAGCGGCGCUCACCGCCGAGCGCCAGUAUUAAAUUUGUGACGUCGAGAGCUCCGCUUCGCGACCAUCGAGGGCCCAGCUUCGCCAAGUGUACAUACAUAGAGACAUACAUCAGGCCGACCCCGCCAGCAUCACAGCUUAGUAGUCCGCUUCGCCAAUCCAAAAAAAAAAAACCAAAUCAAGAUGGCCGCCCCAGCACCAGCACUCAAGGAUCUACCCAAGGUGGCCGAGAACCUGAAAAGCCAGUUGGAGGGAUUCAACCAGGACAAACUGAAGAACGCCAGCACCCAGGAGAAGAUCAUUCUUCCCACCGCCGAAGAUGUGGCUGCCGAGAAGACCCAGCAGUCGAUCUUCGAGGGCAUCACCGCCUUCAAUCAGAACAACUUGAAGCACACGGAGACCAACGAGAAGAACCCGUUGCCCGAUAAGGAAGCCAUCGAGCAGGAGAAGGAGAAGAAUCAGUUCAUCGCCGGCAUCGAGAACUUUGAUGCGAAAAAGUUGAAGCACACCGAGACCAACGAGAAGAACGUGCUGCCCACCAAGGAGGUGAUCGAGGCCGAGAAGCAGGCUUAAAAUGGGGGCUCCAAUGUGGUCCACUCCGAUCCGAGAUCUGAGAUCCGAUCCGAUCUGAUCCUCAGUCACCCCAUCUCUCUUUUUCGACUCGCCGCAUCUCACUCUUUAUACGUAUAAAGCUAUUCCCUCUCAUUUUUCAAAUGCUACCAAGUUAUUCGAACCGCUGCGCAUGCGCGUGAUAGCAAAAGUAUUUUACUAUUAUCGUAUUUCGGUUGUCCGUUUUUUUUUUUGCAAUAUUUUUACAUAUAUAUAUAUUUUUUGUAUUAACAAGCAAGAUAGCCAGUCUCAUUCCUACAGCGUAAUUAACAUAAAAUAAACAUUCGUCUAUCCCAUA